AUGUCUACUACUCUGAUCCAAGUGACCAAUGUGUCACCCUCUGCUGGCCUCCAACAAAUGAGGGAGCUUUUCAGUUACUUUGGAGAUAUUGAGGAACUGAGGCUCUUUCCUGAGGAGGAGUUUGCUGCUCUGAGUGUCCUCUCCAAGGUGUGCUUCAUCAACUUCAUGGAGGAAGACAGUGCAGCUGCUUGUCUCCACCUUAGCAACACUGUGCUCAUAGACAGAGCUCUCAUCAUAGCACGAUCAAGACAUGCUGAGAUUCCUGAUGGUUCAGCUGCCAUGUUCCUGGCAGCCCCGGCCAUUGCCCUGGCCAACAGCGCUAGCAAACCAAUGGGUCACACUGCACCUCUCCUCCCGACACCUCCCUCUAUGGGGGCACCAGCAACCACUGGACCAGCCUCCAUGGCUAUGGGAGCUGCUCUCAACCCUGCAGCUGUAACUAUCCCAGCUCAUUGCCCCCUCGUAUCCAUGAUGGGCACGGUGGUCCCCCAACCUCCCCCUCUCACUGGUAACGUAGACCCCACCAAGAUCGAGGAGAUAUGA